GAAGAGCCUUAUUAUGUUGCCACAUGUUUUAGUAAGAACUUUUCUCAAGAUCAACCUACAGAAUUCACAAGACAAGAUGUUCUUGAAAAGCUACAAAAUUUAUUAACUGAAAUACAGGAUGAAGAGUUAGUAAACAGCCUAGCCAAUGAUGAUAAUGAGGAGAUAUACAGUAAUAGCUUAGACAAUAAUGAAAAAUAUGAAGAAACUAAUUUAUUAUCUGAUAUAUCUCUUCAAAACCCAAAAAAACAUAAGGCGAAAGGACAACCAAAAAGUUCUAAAUGA